CUUCCCCGGUCUUUGGUUCAUCCCGAUCAUAGUCGCAGCAAAAUCAACUAUAUAGUCGCCGCGAGAUAGCUUUGGUUGUGUUACAAGCUGUACUUUCGUACAUGUCAUUAUACCGCUCCACUUCGGCCCGCGGGUUCUUGCCAUCAGGGGCCAGGCAUGGACCUAUUCUUCCUUCAGAGAACUUCCCAUGGCUGAGUCUGCUGAUCAUAUUUGGUCAUCGCAUCCGAGCCCGAGCUUUAUCUUGCAUCCGAGCAUAUGCAGGACGUACCAAUAUUUCGUCCGCAAAUGCAUCUCAUUGGCGAAUUCCAAAUUGGGUACCCAGCAUGGUGAUGAUUUACCUCGACCAACGUCAAUACCUCCGUAAGGUAUGCUGACAGUCGACACGCAGUCGGUUUUGAUUGGCCAAUCGUUUGUUCAGAUUAUGCUUUCAAAACAUGUAGCAAUCCAGCAAUCUGGUUCACUCUGUCAAUCAUCUCAAGCUUUCCCUGCCAUGGCCAAAUUGAAUUUAUCAAGCUGUCUUUUGCUUCACACCUCUAUUUUUGAUGUGCCUUAUCAGACAAACUCCUUCUCGACGUAAGUAUGGCAGUUUCUCUGUUGAUACGAAGUGUUGAACUUUGCCAUAAACAUAUCAACAGAUAUCAGAUGGGAUGGCAGACAUCGAGAAGCGCUUAGCGCCACUUCCAGCCUCGGAAAUGUCUCCGACUCCGGCAGUGGGAACUCAAGUGAGAUUCCAGUAUGGCACAGCCCAGCUGGAGAUCGACUCGGUUGGUGGACGGAGAACGCUAGACUUCAUCGUUCUUCCAAUACGGUGUUUCACAGCCAGACUUUCGACAGUUGAAUCUCAAUAGUUCUAGAUGAUUUAAACUCCUCCUUCUCAAUUGCUGCGCACGCUGUGGGGUUAUCGCCUUUAGGUCUGCUGUAUGAGCUUAUAAGUGGUCAGGUCCUUACUGCCACCCUACCAGAGACCUCAUUUUACGAGAAUGCUUCCGUCGGUUCUUUCAGCUUGCCAUCGGGCUAUACCCUGGAGACUCUUGGCUUCAGUGGCACCAUUGAUGGCAUUCCAGUCACCCUCAGUGGCACAGUUGAGCAAAUCAUGGACAAAGCGAAGCACGACCACCCCAGCUGGACCCCACCAACCUGGAAAUACCGAUCUCGAUCAUCGCUUGAAAGCCUUUCUGCUCCGUCUAACUCCUCAGAUGAUGGGCUUACUACUCGCGACGACCACAUUCUACUGACUGAUCGGACGAAGAGCACCCGCAAAUGCUGCAAAUGCGACAAGUUCCCAAGCAAUUGGAAAGACGCCAGUGCCGCACGCAUCAAAGAGGGCAUCACGUAUCUACGGAACUUCAACGGAAUCUGCAACACUGGCCCCAAGGCAUGUGUCCGAAUCUCAUGCUCUUACAACAGCGCCAUAUUUAUGUGCAACGAUAACGAUCAUCGCCUAGACUUAAGCUGUGCCUACAUGGCUUCUUACGCUCAAGAUAUUCUCGACGACGGCUGCUGCAAGCGUCCUGACUUCUGGCUACAGCUGGGUUUGUGGUCAUAAGUCCUAUCAUUCCUGUGAUAAUUAUACAUUUUUGAUUCUCUUAUGUUGAAAUCUAUGAGAUUGGUUUCUAAUAUUGUCAUAGAGGAGUGGGACCCAGACCAUUACAACAUAAUGGUUGUUGGGGACAAAUGCUAAACACGCUCCUGCCCUGCCCCACGAUCCUCACUUGUGCGAGCGGUAAUGCAAUUAAAAAUAUCUUUCAACGGAUUGAGUUCAACAGUAGUACAGGAUCAUAUUUCUGAGACGACGAUGGCACACAUAUUCAUGCGUUCGAUUGAGCUGGGUGAUUGUGAUUUCUGACAAAGCCUGUCUGUACCAGAACAUUAAACUUUUGCCCGUACUAGGUUGCCCUGAAUUGAAAUCAAGUUGUC